GACCGGGACCGGGAUGGGGAGGGGCAGCGGGACCGGGGCGGCGGGGUCGGUGCUGCUCGGGGAAAUCGUGCGUGCUCGCGGGGUGUCGGAUCGGCGCGAUACCGGCUGUCGGUGCGGCGUAGCGGGGCCGGGUGCAGUUACCGGACCGCCCGUGCGCGGUCGGUGCGAUGUACCGGGCGGCAGGGCACGGUGGGACGGGGCGCACCUGGUGCAGAACCGAUCCGGGGGGGGGCCGCGCUCGGUGCACGCACGGUAAAACCGUGGUUCGGUCGGGGGAGCUCAGUGCUUGGCAUGGUGCUGGGGGGGGUGAUGGGAUUUUGGGGUGCCGUAUGCAUGGCUGGGGGUCGCACGCCGGGUGCCGUCGGGUUCGGUCCCGGGACGGCUCCCCUCCCCCAGCGCUCAGCCUUGUGUCGCCGCCAGCCCCGCCCCGCCGUGACGUCACCGCCGGGGUUACUCUCGGUCGUUCCUCCUGGCUUCCCCCGCGCCGUCGGGCGAUGGGUGGGGGUGGGGCGGCACCGGGCGCGGUGCUCCGCCGGGCAUCCCCGGCUCCGGAGCCCGCGGUACCCAUCUGCCCCGCGGCUCCCGGUCACCGUGGGGCUGUCGGGGCCGCUCGGAGUCGUGGCUGCUUCCUGGGGGGCUCUGCGGGAUGGCGACGGUGCCAAUUGGACACAACCGUGCCACCAGUAGGGACCCGCUCCCCGGUGUCAGUGGGACCCCAUCGUGCCACCAAAAGGGGACUCCUUCCGAAACCAGUGGGACCCAAUUAUGCCUUCAAGGCAGACCCGAUCCCCAUGCCGAUAGGACCCAGUCAUGCCACCAAUGGGGACCCGAUUCCCGGUGCCAGUGGGACCCAAUCAUAGCACCGAGGGGCACCCGCUCCCUAGUGCCAAUGAUUCGUUCUUUCUGGUGCCAGUAGGACCCAAUCAUGCCAUCAGCGGGACCCUUUCUGCAGCUCCCAGCCCAUCCCAGCACGAGGCACGCAGCCAACCUGCACCAGGCAGCACGUGGUGCCGUUCCGCCCGGGCUCGGUGCGCUUCGGGGCCCUGAGGCACCCCAGCACAGACCGGCAGAGCCGGUGGAGCACGCAGCGGGGCGGGGACGGGGCUGGCAGAGCCCCCGAGCAUUCCGCAGGGCUCACGGGAGCUUUGUGGGGUCGGAGCUGGGAGCCCCUUCUCCUCCGACAGCCGAAGCUGGAGCUGAACCCAACCGCGCCGUGGGCUGAACUUUAACUCGUUGGCACGCUGGAGGGGAAGCGGCGCAUCCUGCUGCACCCGGUGCACGGGAGGACUUUGCCUGCGAGGUGUUGCGUCCCGGAGCCGCGCUGGCGUCCCCUCUGCCCUCCUUGGACACGAACCAGGGCUGAGACCGUGCCCCGGAUCACGGUGGCCCCUGCUCUUUGACCAUAAACUGUAGGGAGCAGAGGGAUGGGCACGUGGGAUGAGGGUGUCCCUCUGGGAGUGUUUCCCUGACACUGAUCUCCAUAUGGAGAGGGGCUGGGUGUGCUGCUACUAUUUACAGGGAGGGCUUUUGCUGAUGGGCGCUUGUAUAAACCCUUCCACACUGAGCACGAUCCCAGGGUCUCUGCGUGUCCCCAUUCCCAUGUGUUUAUGGCCCACGUGUGGGGCGUAAGGGGCUCGAGGGGCCCUGUGGGGCCAUGCGUGGGGUGAGGGAGGUGGGAAACCAAAGGGGUUUUGUACCAUGACCAUCCGUGCCCUAUAGUGCUCUCACCCACUGUAGAUUUGCCACUGUCCCUGGGUGCCCCCUUGUCCCUGUGCCCUCACUAGUGACAUGGUUGGGUCCCACUGACACCACAGAGAAGGUCCCCAUUGAUGUAAGUGCUCUGCCCUGUGGGGUCCCCCAGAGCAAUGUGGUGGGGGCAGCGUCCCAGGGCUGGGGGUGCUCCAUGGGAUGCAAACACCCAGUGAGGCUGGAGGUGUCCCGAGCUGGGCCCCCCCUCCAUGCACACACGGGUGCUGGCAUCUCUGUGGGACGUCGGGACACGCAGUGAAGGAGUUAAUGCUGCCUGACCUGGAGUAACCCUCGGCUGGGUGCCCGCGAGUGACCCGCUGUGCUCACCUUGGGGCUGCCCGGGGGCGGCCGGCGGGCGCGCGGGCAGCGAUUGGCGGAGUCACAUCACCCCAUGGCCGGCUCUGCUCCAGGCCUGGCGCGGGCGGCAGCGGGGAGGGCGCACGGGGAGGAGGCGAGAAAAAUGGUUUGAAAAUAUCCCGCUGCCUUCGGCACACGGCUGAGCUGCCGCGCUGGGGGAUCUCAAGGGCUGCGUGCUGGAAGACAUGCUGCAGCUGAUCAACACACCGGACAAUGACUUUUCGGGGCUGUUCGAUGUGCCGUUUGCUGCCCCUGACAGCACAGUGUCCCCGGGGCUCCCCCCAGCCCCCACCAGUUACCUGGGGCCCAGCAAGCCACCACCCACCGGCAAUGUGUUCCCGGCCCCCCCUGUGCUGUCAACAUUCACCCCACAGUCCCCCACCCCACUCCUGCCAGCCCCCGGCCCCCCAGCAGCACCGGGGGUGAAGGAGGAACCUGCAGCCGUGCCCAGCAGCCAGCCUCAGCCCAGCGUAAUGCUGGCCCCCAGCUUCGUCUCCGCAUCUCCUGGGCAGUUCAGCCCCCAGCCCAUGGUGGGCUUCCAGAACCAGCACAGCUUCCCUGCUGUGCAGCCUGGGGGGGCUGCGCAGAGCCCCCUGCCCACACCACAGCCAGCCCAGCCUGUGGCACUGCCUGGCCCCGUGCAGAGCGUGGCACCGCAGCAGCUCCUGGCACCUGGCCCCGCUGCCACCACCCAGCCCGUGUCACCCCAAAUCCAGCCAGUGCCGGUUCUGCUGCAGCCCCACUUCAUCAAGGCAGAUUCCCUGCUGCUGACAGCCGUCAAGACAGAUGCGGGCAGUGCCAAGACUUCCACCAUCACCUCUUUGGCCACCAACAGCACCGCAACUCCAUUGCAGGUGCCGGCUCUGGUGAGCGGAGGUACCAUCCUGGCCACGGUGCCGCUGGUGGUGGACGCUGAGAAGCUGCCCAUCAACCGGCUGGCGCCCAGCGGGAAGGCAGCGCUGCUGCAGAGCAAAGGGGAGAAGCGGACGGCGCACAACGCCAUCGAGAAGCGCUACCGCUCAUCCAUCAACGACAAGAUCGUGGAGCUGAAGGACCUGGUGGUGGGCACUGAGGCCAAGCUCAACAAGUCGGCGAUCCUGAGGAAGGCCAUCGAGUACAUCCGCUUCCUGCAGCAGAGCAACCAGAAGCUGAAGCAGGAGAACCUCAGCCUGAAGAUGGCCGUGCAGAAGAGCAAGUCCCUCAAGGACCUGGUGGCCUCCUGCGGUGCCGGCCCCAAGGCGGAGGUGCCCGUGGAAGUGGCGAAGGCAGAGGUGAUGGAGAUGCUGACCCCACCGCCCUCGGACGUGGGCUCCCCAUCCCGCGGCAGCCCGCUCUCGCUCAGUGGGGGCAGCAGCAACAGCAGCAGUGACUCUGAGCCUGACAGCCCCCUCUGCAACCACAGCAAGGUGAAGCAGGAGCACCCACCACCCUCACCUGGCAGCCAGGGCAUGCUGGACCGCUCCCGAAUGGCCCUCUGUGCCUUCGUCUUCCUCUGCCUGUCCUUUAACCCCCUGGCCUCCCUGCUCCGCGGCUCCAGUGCCCCGGCACCAUCUGGGAGCCUGGGUACUGCUGGUCCUGGAAGAAGCAUCAUGGCUGAGCCUGGCACUGCAGAGGAGCCGUGGGGAUGGUCGCAGUGGCUGUGGCCCACACUGGUGUUCUGGGGGCUGAACGUAGCCCUGGUGCUGGGAGCGGUGGUGCGGCUCUUCGUCUACGGGGAGCCAGUCACCCCUCCGCACUCUGAAUCCUCUGUCCUCUUCUGGCGGCACCGCCGGCAGGCAGACCUCGACCUCGACCGGGGGGAUUUCGCACAGGGGGCCCAGCACCUGCGCACAGCACUGGGGGCCCUGGGCCGCCCGCUGCCCGCCUCCCACGGGGACCUGGCCUGCAGCCUGCUGUGGAGCCUGCUCCGCCACCUGCUCCAGCGCCUCUGGGUGGGCCGCUGGCUGGCUGCCCGCGCCGGGGGGCUGCGCCCGGACCCCCCGCCCCGCGCCCACGUCCGACAGAGCGCCCGCAAUGCAGCCAUGGCCUACCACCGCCUGCACCAGCUGCACCUGGCUGGGAAGCAGGCUGGGGGGCACCUGCUGGCCAUCAACCUGGCACUCAGUGCCGUCAACUUGGCUGAGUGCGCCGGUGACGCCGUCUCGGUGGCCGCGCUGGCUGAGAUCUACGUGGCGGCUGCGCUGCGCAUCAAGGCCAGCCUGCACCGCUGCUUCCACUUCCUGGCUCGCCCCUUCCUCUGCAGUGCCCGCCGCGUGGCCCUGUCCCAUGGUGGGGCUGUGCCCCCCGCCAUGCAGUGGCUCUGCCACCCGUUGGGUCACCGCUUCUUCGUGGACGGGGACUGGGCCGUCAAGGGCGUCCCGAGAGAGACCAUCUACAGCUCCGCCGGUGACCCAGUGGACCCGUUGGCGCAGGUGACCCAGCUCUUCCGUGAGCACCUCCUGGAGAAGGCGCUGUACUGCGUGGCCAUGCCUGAACCUGGCCGUCCCGCUGCCCAGGGAGAGGGAAGGCGCUUUUCGGAUGCGUUGGAGUACCUUCAGCUGCUCAAUGGCUGCUCCCACGCCAGCAGCAUGCCCGGCCCCACACCCUCCAUCAGCUCUGGCCUGGCAGCAGUGACAGGCACCGACCCUGUGUCCAAGUGGUGGGCAUCCCUCAUCGGCACGGUCAUUCACUGGCUGAAGGGUGAUGAGGAGGGGGCCGAGCGGCUCUACCCACUGGUGGAAGCCAUGCCCCGGGCACUGCAGAGCUCUGAGAAGCCCCUUCCCCGUGCUGCACUGCACUCCUUCAAGGCGGUCCGGGCUAUGCUGAACAAGCAGGACGGCAGCCAGGCCAGCCUGAGCCACUGUGAGAAGGCCAGCAGCUGCCUGCGGGAGAGCCUGGAUCUCUGCAGCCUGCCCAAGUGCACCAUCGACAAGGCGGUGCAGCUCCUACUGUGCGACCUGCUCCUGGUUACCCGCACCAACCUGUGGCAGCAGCAGAUGAGUGCCAGCCAGCAGCUGCGUGGCACCUACCAGGCUUCUGCCCUGGAGCUCCGCGGCUUCCAGCAGGACCUCAGCAGCCUGCGGCGCCUGGCACAGACCCUGCGGCCUGCCAUGCGAAGGGUGUUCCUGCACGAAGCCACUGCCAGGCUGAUGGCCCGCGCCAGCCCCACUCGUACCCACCAGCUGCUGGACCGCAGCCUGCGGAGGAGAGGGGUGCAAGGCAGCAAGGCAGCCGGUGAGCCGGAGAGCCACCCCACGCCGCGGGAGCACGCCGAAGCACUGCUGCUGGCCUGCUGCUACCUGCCCCCCAGCUUCCUCUCAGCCCCUGGGCAGCGUGUGGGGAUGUUGGCUGAGGCCGCCCGUACGCUGGAGAAGCUGGGGGACAGGCGGACACUGCACGACUGCCAGCAGAUGAUCAUCAAGCUGGGCAGCGGCACCACCGUCACCUCGGGCUAGCGGGGGGAUGUGGGCACGUGCCACCUGUCCCCCCCCACCCCCCCUCCCGUGCCAUAUGGGUGGUGGGGACGUGCGUGCCUCGGUGUCCCCCUCUCUAUGAGAUGGUGUCAGGAUGCAGUUUUAAGGUGACGGAUGGGAGCGGCAGGGUGACGUCCCGUGUCACCAUCCGCUGUGGGUGUCGGGGGUACAUCCCGGCGUGGGCACCCUGCUGGCCGGCGCAGUUGGGUGACGGGACGUGGGGACCUCUAGUGACACUGUCGCAGUAUUGCACGGCACUGGGGUUCCUCCUCCCAGUGCCCGCCACCCCCCUGCAAAACCCCAGAGCAAGGCUGGGGCCGUCCUCACCCCAGUCUGCUGCGUGUCCCUGCCCCUCCUCGUGGGUCCCACAGCACGGAUCGGGGGGGAGGACACACCUCAGCACUGUCCCCACUAGGGGAGAGCGGGAGGGUUUGCCCCACGGUGGCAGCUAAGAUGGCACCGUAAGGUGCCCGUGGUAGGAAAGAGGGGCCCCCCCUGCCCUCCCCCAGCACUGCCCAUUCCCCCCAUUAGGAGCUGUGCCCCCCCUGCAGCCCCAACCCCACGCGCUUUGGGAGAAGGGGUGGCUCUGGGUUGGGAUGUGGAGGACUGGUGGGUGCCCCCAUCCCCUUGCUGUGUCCCUACUUUGUAUAUAGCUCCCCGCUGCGUCCCAUUUCAUCCUUAUCCUCCUCCUCCCCCUCCUUGCCUUUUUAAACGGUAUUUUCAUAGUUGCAGUUUUGUACAGUGAAUUAAAGCCAAUUAUUUAUACUGUCGUGUGCUGGACUGGGGGUGCAGGGUCUGACACAUGGAGGGGGGGCACAGAGCAUAACCUAUGGGUCCUGCCUUCCCCCCAGCAUGAGGCUGCACAGGAUGGGGGGGCAAGGGUGGCAGGGAUGGGGACAUCGGCUGCCAGAGGGACCCCAAAUGCACCCUUCAUUCACAAGACCUCCCCGUACCUCAACCCCAUGUUUGUGUCCCCCCACCCAAGCCCGAGCUCACAAUGAGACCUUUGGUCCAGGGGACGAAGGGACACUUGGCCAUCCGCCCACAGGAGGAACACAGGCCACGAGCAGGGCGCAGAGUACUUCCAAAACAAUCGUUGUAUCUUUAUUGACGCUCUGAAUGCAAUGACCUGUUUUUUACUCUUAAGGAAAAUAAACAUCUUUUAGAAACAGCUUGUUACACACAAUCUUCAGUGUGAAGCAAUAUACUAAUAAGAACACUAGUCUUAACAUUUACAGUCUUCAUAUAUAUUAUAUAUAUGUAUAUGUAUACAUAUAUAUACACUAUAUAAUGAGGCAAUAUAUAAUACACACGGUUUACCAUUUUACAGUCAUAUGUACAAGAUGUCACUAAAAAUAGCCAGAUUUCAGGCAGCGCUGCCAGGGACACUGGGAUUAUUAUUUUUUUAUUAAUUACUUUUAUUCUCUUUUUCCUUUUGUCCUUUUCUGUGUGACUUUUCUCUCCCGUGUCCGAGGCGAGCUGCUGAAACAACAGACAUUUCUUGGCCAGCAAACCUGGAGGGUGUGAUGGUGGGGCACAGGGUUGGGGGUGCAGGGAACAUAGGGUUUGCAGGAUGCUUUGCCUCCAUUUGUAGGGUGGGGGUUGGGGUUAAUGCACCCUUGGCAGCCCCUGGCCCCAUUGAAGCAGCUGGGAAGAGAGGCAAAGCUGAAGCCAAGCGAACCUGGCCAUGCAAGAGAGAAGCAACUCCUGCAUUCCUCUGUCCCAUGUCUGUCCCCGUGGAGCUUAAUUGCUGCUCUCUCUGGCGGACACCAAUGCUGCCCAUCAGGAGCUGCUUCUGGGCUGCUUGCAGCUGCCUGCACCAGGCCAAGACUCUGGAUUUGUGCCCAGAGCCAUGGGGUUUGCACCCAGUGCCGUAGGGUUUAAAGCACAAGCAUGGGGAGCAAAGCUCAUCCCCAGCAAGCAGAAGAGCUGAGGAGGUGCUGGCAGAGCAGAGCAGAAGGAGGGGGGGCUUUUGGGGACUGUGCAUCCCCAGCCCAGCACUGCCCCAUGGAGCUGGGGGAGGUGGGUGCCGUGGGACGGGGCUGGAGGGAGGAAUCAGGGCUGGGAGAGCCCAGUGAGUGCCCACCAGCCCCACUGGGGACACGGCCACUGGCACAGCAGUGGCGCAGUGCUGUCCCCAUCGUGGAGACACUGUGCAUGGCAGAGAUGGAAGAACGGAACAGAAAAAGCAAAGUGGUGUUUCAAACAGCAGGCUGUUGGGGUUUUUUUUCUUCUUUUUUUUUUUUUUCUUUUUUCUUUUUUUCUAAUGGUUUUUUUUUUUUUUUUUUCCUUUUCUCCAUCGCGCACAUAUAUACAGACAGACACCAUGAGGUUUGCUGAAGGCAACAUCUCAGAUCAGAUCAGUGUGAGAUAUGGAGA